CCUCUCCAAAACCAUCCCAUUCAUUAAAGCAAGUUUACAGCCUGCAGACACGCUGACUGAGGGAGCCAGCCAGGCGCUUGCUGUACUCGUCUUACAUGAUCCCAGAGAAUAAGUGGAGUAAGACACCUGAAGGCUUCGAUGGAGAACAGCCAGAACCAGGAGGCAGAGGACGGCUCGUACCUGUGUUUCCAGAGAACUCCGUCUCUCAGACGCAAAUGGAGGAAACGUUACGGCGGUCUGGACGGCAACAAACUGCUGGAGCCCAAUAAAGACCCAGACAUGAGAGAAGAUGGAGGGAUGACAGACGAGAGCCAACAGAGGAGCGCUGAGAACCAGGAUACGGCUCCUCGUCCAGCACCACGGAGCCUGAUCCAGAACCCGGUUCAGAGCCUGAUCCAGAACCCGGUCCAGAGUCUGAUCCAGAACCAGGUCCAGAGUCUGAUCCAGAACCAGGUCCAGAACCCGGUGCAGAGUCUGAUCCAGAACCCAGUCCAGAACCAGGUCCAGAACCAGGUCCAGAAACCGGUCAGCCUGGUCAGUCCCGGACCUGCAGUGGUCUCAGUGUCGGCCAGUAACGGCGGCCUGAAGCCCCCCCUCCCCCAGGCCGUGGUGCAGCCGGAGGACAGAGGCUUCCCCCCCGCCCAGCCCUGGUUCCCCCCCCAGCAGAGUCCGUCCAAACGCAGAGGGGCCGCUGAUAUCUUGUUCGACAGCUUCGCUUCAGACGGGAGAAUCAACAUCAACCAGUUCUUUGAGGCUGUCUGGAGCUCCGGGCUGCACAGGUCCGACCCUCGGCUCAGAGAAUGUUUCUUCCACCUGAGAAAACUGCAGGACGCUGAAGGAUCAGUGGACAGGAACACCUUCCACAGGUGCGUGACAGGAUCCGUGUCUCUGAUCCUGAAAGCUCUGCAGGGACGAUUCGUCAUUCCCGAUUUUUCCACCUUCACUGAAGAAACUCAGAAGCUGUUUUCCAGGUGUCGUCAGCUGUCGUCUGUCCAGGAGAAAGAGAGCAUGGACAGCAGUAAGUGGGGCGUCUCCAUCUGCACUGUGGAUGGACAGAGGUUGUCUCUGGGCGACUGGGCCGGCCCCCAGCUUCUGGGCGAGGUGUCAUGGCCGCUGGUGUACGGUGUGGCGGUGGACCUGCUGGGCUCUGACCUCGUCCACAGAUACGUUGCCGUGGAGACGUACUCCAGUCACAACUCUCCGUUCACACUCACCAAAACAGGAAUCCCUCACAGCCCGCUCACUGAGACAGGAGCCAUCGUUACUACAUCUUUACUGCAGCUGGCCGGGCGCCUGUGUGCAGAGGAAGAGGAGAAGUAUGACUCAGUGUUGAACGUCAUCCGAAGGCUCUGCAACAAGGAGCACGCCAACUUAAACUGCACCAGCUAUCAGAGCAGCAGGAAGGCCAGUGUCAGACUCCACGCUCUGUCCUUCUACCUGCAGGAGAAAAAGUGUUUUCCAGAGAAGACGGACAUUAAUGCAGCUUUGGAUCUAAUGAUGCAGUGCGCCUCCACGGAGAUCACCUGUGAAUCUGGCGCUUCCAUGGCCGCCUCGCUGGCCAACGGCGGCCUCUGUCCGCUGUCAGGUGACCAGGUGCUGUCGCCAGCGGCAACGCGCUGUAUGCUGUCCGUGAUGCAGGUGGCCGGGAUGAAGGAUUACUCCUCCACCUUCCACUUUAAGACGUCGGUACCGGCCGUGUCGAGCAGCCGUGGCGCCCUGCUGGCGGUGGUUCCCGGGGUUUUGGGUCUGAUGGCGUUCUCUCAGGAGACGGACGCCUGCGGAAACCCCUGGAGAGCCGUCCACUUCUGCCAGGAGCUGAUUUCCACAUUCCAGCUGCACAGUUUUGACAUCCGGACUCCGUUCAGACAGAUCCUGGCCUACAGACAGUGGAAGGCUGAAUCUGAGGGAUACCAGAUAAUGAACGUCCUGCUGGCGGCGUUUAAAGGAGACGUCCAGACCCUGAGGAGGUACUUCCUGUCUGGAGUGGACGUAAACGCUGUCGACUACGACGGCCGGUCGGCUCUGCACGUGGCGGCCGCCGAAGGUCACGUUGAGGUCAUCCGCUUCCUGUUGCAGAACACGGGAUCGAACGCAGUCCUCAAGGACAGGUGGGGGAGCUCUGCUCUGCAGGAAGCCCAGAGACACAACUGGGACGCCGCCGUCCAACUGCUCCUGGGACACGUCUGACCUUUGACCUGUGG